CAUUUGUUUCAGUCACGAUCACAGAGACUCGAACCCUAAUUUUGCAAUCGAAUUCAAUGGCAACAAUUGGGGCUAAACGAUUGGCUUCAAAUCUUCUGAAAGCCCUAAAUUCAUCACCAUCGUUGUCCUCAACGUCCUUUAGACCUUUAAGCGGCCUCGUUAACAGCGAAAUCACCACCUCUCACACAGCUAAAUGGAUGCAGGACACAAGUAAGAAAUCUCCAAUGGAAUUAAUCAAUGAAGUCCCACCCAUUAAAGUUGAGGGAAGGAUUGCAGCUUGUGAAGGAGACACCAAUCCUGCACUUGGCCAUCCUAUAGAAUUCAUAUGCCUUGACAAAAGUGAACCUGCUGUUUGCAAGUACUGUGGUUUACGAUAUGUUCAAGAUCAUCAUCACUGAAUUUAUCUUGAAAUUUCAGUGCUGACGUGGUUAUUUUCAAGUCCAGCCUUUUGUGUUCCAAUUUCAAUGUUGGCAAACAUGUUUUCCUAAACCUUUAAAAUGUUUCUUGACAUGCUUGCAAAUAAAGAUACUGUUGGUGUAAUAUCAAUUUGACAAUCUGUUCCUUCCUACUUGUCGUGUUGCUAAAUGUAGGUGGGGCAUGUUGCAUCAAAAGUGUAUCAUUUGGCUAAUACUGAUUUCUGUUUUAGGAAUUUUACUUCAAAGUUUCCCUUUA